GUGGUAUAAACGAAUGUUUCAAAACGACAACUUUAGAGCCCAUCGCUGGCUUUGGGUUGGAGAGUAAUCUGAAGUCGAGGUACACUUCCGGUCGGCCAUUGCCAGAUCCUUCAACAGGCGUGAUGAGAUUCGACUAGGUUGUCCUAUAAGGAUUUCAUCAUGCAGAUCUUCGUCAAAAGUCAGGAGACCCUCUCCCUUGAGGUCCAGCCCUUCGACACUGUAGAACAUGUCAAGAGCGAGAUCCAGAUCCGAGAAGGGAUUCCCAUCGACCAGCAGAGGCUGAUCUUCGCUGGCCAGCAGCUUGAAGAUGGACAGACCCUCGCAGAUUAUGAUGUACAGAAGGAAUCCACCCUUCACCUCACUCUUAGACUGCUCGGAGGUGCUAAGAAGCGAAAGAAGAAGAAUUACUCCACCCCCAAGAAGAUCAAGCACAAGAAGAAGAAGGUCAAGCUUGCUGUGCUUAAGUAUUACAAGGUCGAUGAGAAUGGCAAGAUCCACCGCCUGCGCCGUGAGUGCCCAUCCGACCAGUGUGGUGCUGGUGUCUUCAUGGCAGCCAUGGAAGACAGGCAUUACUGCGGCAAGUGCGGAUACACCCUUGUAUUCAACAAGCCGGAGGAAAAAUAAUUGUUAAAAUAUAGAUUCCCCUCUAAA